CUAGUCCUAACCUACUCUAGAUCACUUACAUGGAAACCACACCAGUUCACAGCUCAUCAUUCAAUACUGACCUGUUCCUAUCACCAGGUCCGAGGUGGGCACCUGCAAUCGGUGCCGAAAGCGAUCGGGCGGGGCCGGGGAUAAGCGGAUGCAACGGACGCAUCGGUGCUUGAUUCGCCGACGGAGAUUUCCUUUUGGUGUGUGGAUGGCGUACCUCGGUGGCCUGGCCCUCGUUAUCGUCAUUGAUCUGACCUACCUACCUGACCCUGUGGCGCCAACGACAGAUCCGGCGGCCGCGCCGAACCCGAUUGAUCUCAGACGGGACUUUUGCAACUUUUCACUCUCAACCUCAACCUUUUCUUUCUCUCCAUUUUGUUGUCAUUUCUCCCCCCUUAGACUUGAGGACGCAAGGUAAUGGGAGCCUCUGACUUCCGCCUUCAUUCCCUCUUCACACGUCGUCGCCAUCACCAGUUAUGUUACGUCAGAGCAUAGCUGGUCUCUCCGCCGCGAGAUCACCAGCGCAGAGAUGCCUCUUCUCUACCUCCGCGGGCGCCGCGGGGCGUCAUCACCUACUGCAUAGUUCGAGAUCGAUACCGACAACGACCACAGCGACAAGGACAGCGGCGAAUACGACGACAUCACGACUCCUCUCCCACAUCAGAACAGCCCGCAUCCACACGAGCAGCACCCGCCGCGCCCUCAUCCCCCCUUCGCCAGAAUCCCUCGGCGCACCAAAAAAGGCGCGCACAUACAAGCGCAGCUCCAAAUGGCUGCGCCGCCUCGUCAUCUUCUCCGCCGUCGGCGGCACGCUCUACCUCGCCGACCGACAGAUCUACGCCUCGGGCUUCGCCCGCUCCCUCCGCACCUUCGGGACGGGCCUCCUCGUCGCCCUCGACUACAAGCUCAACUUCCGCCCCGAGCCGCUUACCGGCGGCACCGUGCAGGACCUGCACGUCCGCAACGCCGAGCGCCUGUUCGACCUGCUGCGGCACAACGGCGGGCUCUACCUCAAGAUCGGCCAGGCCAUCGCCAUGCAGAGCGCCGUGCUGCCGCCCGAGUUCCAAAAGAUGUUUGCGCGCAUGUUUGACGACGCGCCGCAGGACGACUGGAGCGACGUCGAGGCUGUGAUCCGCGAGGAUUUCGGAGGGCGGAGCGUCGAGGAGGUGUUCGGCGUCAGCUUCCGCGGGGAGGAGGGCAAGGGCGUCAUGGAGAGGCGGGCGAGAGCGAGCGCCAGCGUCGCGCAGGUGCACUGGGCGCGGCUGCCCGACGGCCGCGAGGUGGCUGUCAAGAUCCAGAAGCGGGAGAUUGCCAAGCAGAUCACCUGGGACCUGUGGGCGUUCAAGACGGUCGCGUGGAUCUACAGCAGGUGGUUCGACCUCCCGCUGUACAGCCUCGUGCCCUUCAUCACGGAGCGGCUGGAGCUCGAGACGGACUUUUUGAACGAGGCCAAGAACUCGGAGACGAUGCGGGACCUGAUCAACUCGGAGAAGGGCCUCCGCGGCAGGGUGUACGUUCCCAAGGUCUAUCCGGAGCUCUCGACGCGGCGCGUCAUGGUGACGGAGUGGAUCGAGGGCACGCGGCUGUGGGAUAAGCAAGGGAUCAACGGGCGGUGGAUGGGCGGGUACGGCAAGGGGUCGCCGGGCGUCCACGGCGCGCAGCUCCAGCCGCCCGACAUGGCCACCGUCCGCCGCGAGCUCCGCGACCGGCCGUACGCCGAGCAGUUUAAGCCGGAGCGGAGCGAGUGGAAGGGCCGUCGCGGGCGCGGCGGCCUGGGCCUGUCGAGCAAAGAGGUCAUGACGACCAUGAUCGACCUCUUCUCCGCGCAGAUUUUCAAAUGGGGCGUCGUCCACUGCGACCCGCACCCGGGCAACAUCUUCAUCCGGCGCCUGCCCAACGGGCGGGCGGAGCUGGUGCUCAUCGACCACGGCUUGUACGUCUACAUGUCGCCCGAGUUCCGGCACCAGUACGGCGUCUUCUGGAAGGCGCUCAUGACGUUCGACAACAAGACGAUUGAAAAGGUGACGACGGAGUGGGGCAUCAAGGCGGCGGAUCUGUUUGCGAGCGCGACGCUGAUGAGGCCGUACGAGGGCGGCGACGAGCGCACGCGCAACGGCAUCAUGAAGGAGCUCGAGGGCAAGACGCCGGCGGAGCGGCACUACGAGAUGCAGCAGCGGAUGAAGCAGGGGAUCCGCGACAUGCUGGCCGACGAGGAGAAGUGGCCCAAGGAGCUCAUCUUCAUCGGGCGCAACAUGCGCAUCGUGCAGGGGAAUAACCAGUACCUCGGCAGCCCCGUCAACCGCGUCAAGAUGAUGGGGGAGUGGGCGAGCCGCAGCCUGUUUGAGGACCCGAACCUGCCGUGGGCCAAGAGGGCGGGCAACGCGUGGCGGCAUUUGCUGUUCAAGGGCGUGUUGGCGCUGACGGAUGUCGCGUUUUACUUCUUCAAGGUGAAGCAGCUGCUCGGCUUCGGGGGCGGCAUGGAGGACGAGAUGGAGAAGAGGAUGAAGGAUAUCGCGCAGGAUUUCGGAGUUGAGCUGCAGCAUGAAGUGUUUGAGGGUUAGACAGUGAAGAUAUGUGAAUAGCGCAGUGGAGAAGAGUAAAGCUUUAGAGUUGGAGAAGUAGAGAAGGUUCAUUAGAUUCGGGUUCUUGGUGUUUAGGGGCUCGGUAAGAACCUUAUAGAGGCCUUCGAUAUAGGAAAGAUACCACUCAUAUGUUUAA